AUGGAAGCUAAUGAACCAACUCCAGAAGCAUUACAGAGGAAACUGUACUUUUUACUUGAGCAACUGCAAGAUAUGGCUCGCGAGUUACCACCGAAAUACCAAAUGAGAGUACCCAUUGAACUACUAUCUGGAUUAGCAAACUGUCUUCUAAACGAUACUGUUUUUGAAAUAGUUAAAGGACUUAUGGAAAUUCAACAUGUAACUGAAAAACAUUUGUUUCAACAAAGACAACAGAUUAUAAAUAAACAUGCAUUGGAAAUUCAAAAUAUGGUCACCACUACACCAAAUCCGGAGCAACAAGAACUUCAGAAAACAUUGUUGGCAUCAAGACAUAAAGAAGAGUUGAGACACACAGAUAUGAAAUUAGUUCUUCAAUUAGAUCAAAAAGUGAGCGACCAACAAGUGACUUUAGAAAAAGCUGGAGUGCCAGGCUUCUUUGUCACCAAUAAACCAAUAGAAGUCAAAGUACAGAUGCACCUAUUAGAUUUUAUUCUUAGACUAAGCAAUAUGGAUAUUCCACAUUGA